GAAAGGGUACAUCUGUUGUCAAACAUGGCUGCUCCCGUGGAUGACAUGUUUUCCCUCUGUGUGGACCCGGGUAAAGUCACCGGCAGCGUGGAAAUCCAGUUUAUAGACAACAUAAAGGGUAAGGGGCUCUUUGCGAAAAGAAGCAUCAAGAAGGGAGAGACCAUUUUUAUUGAGCGGCCUCUGGUUUCUUCUCAGUUUCUGUGGAAUUCCUUGUACAAAUAUAAAGCCUGUGAGUACUGCUUACGCGCUCUGGAGACUGCAGAAGAAAACGCCCGGAGACUCAGCUGCAAUCCCGCUCUCAGCCUUCCCCAUCCCGAGCUCUGCCACGUCCGGCCUGAGCUCCAUCAAGCCUGCCCUCAGUGCCAGGUGAUGUACUGCAGCAGCGAGUGUUGGCAGGUGGCUGCAGAUCAGUACCAUCGGGUUCUGUGUCUGGGUCCCUCUGAGGAAGAUCCAGACCACCCCAUCAACAAGCUUAAAGAUGCAUGGAGGAGCGUGCAUUAUCCCCCAGAGACGUCCAGCAUCAUGCUGAUGGCCAAAAUGGUCGCUGUGGUCAAACAGGCCAAAGAUAAAGCACACUGGCAGAAGCUGUUUUCUCACUUCUGCAGCCGGGCGGCGAACGAGGAGGAGGAGAUCGCCCAUAAACUCCUGGGAGAGCAGUUCAGGGGGCAGCUGGGCUUGUUGCACAGCCUUUUUAAAGAAGCACUUUAUGAUGAGCAUCUCAGUCGGUGGUUUGUUCCUGAGGGUUUCCGCUCUCUGUUUGCGUUGGUGGGAACAAAUGGCCAGGGCAUCGGCACCAGCUCUCUGAGUCAGUGGGUUCAUGCCUGUGAUGCACUGGAGCUUCCUGACCAGCAGAGGGAGCAACUUGACUCUUUUAUUGACCAGUUAUACAAGGACAUCGACAAAGAGACGGGAGAGUUUCUGAACUGCGAGGGUUCUGGACUUUAUCUGCUGCAAAGCUCCUGUAACCACAGCUGCAUCCCAAACGCAGAAGCGUCCUUCCCCAACAACAAUUUCCUGCUUCACCUCAAUGCCCUGAGUGACAUCAGCCCAGGAGAGGAGAUCUGCAUCAGUUAUUUGGAUUUCUGUCAGCGGGACAGAAGCCGACACAGCAGACACAAGAUUCUGAGAGAAAACUACCUGUUUGUCUGCUCGUGUUCAAAGUGCACGUCCCAGAUGGACGAGCUGGACGUCACAUCUGAGGAGGAGGAGGGCGAAGCAGAGGGCGAAACAGAAGGGGAUGAGAUGGAAGAUGAGAUGACAGAUGUUUGAUGAAAGGCUCUGCCAUAUUGUUCUCAGCUUUUCCCGUCCCUCUGAAACACGAGGCCAAAAAGAAUAAAGACCAGCUGAGACUGUGAUCUGCAUAUCCAGAAGCGUGAAGUGACACAUUUCACUCUGUAUUUUAGAGAUCUGUUGUCAGAUUAUACAGAACUACAAGAGAGCAAUGGAAACUGUUUCACUUGGUUGCUUUAACUCAAAAGUAUUUUUUAAAUAGCUGGAAAUUUACCUCUUGAUGUUGCAUUUAUAGUUUUUUUUCUUUAUUUGGUUAAAUCUUCUGCGAAUGAUUUGAUCAAACAUUGACACGCUU